UAGAGUACACAAUCAUCAUCAUUUUUUCAGUACUUGAUGUUUAUUCAUCGUAAUUUGUCAUUGUGUGAUCUUUGUCCGAAAAUAAAAUAAAUAACUUGAUAGGAUUACUUGUUUUACUUCAUCAUUUUGAAAUCCAUCCGAGAAUGGAGGACACUACCCCUGCAAACUUACCAGCAGAGGCGAACUUUAAGACGCCUGAUGCCUUUGUGACCCUGGUGUACAUCCAAAAUGACGAGCUGAUUGUUAACACGGCCGGAAUGAGAGAACUUUUCAACAAACCGGAAACAGCAUCCAUCCCAUUUUCAAUCCAUUUCUCUCUGAAUCCCAUCCAUCUUGAUUUAAAUUCGCAAUUGAGUGGAAUUUUGCUGAAAUCCACGAAUGCAAAAUCCAUCUCUCCAAUUUCUGAUGUAUCGCCAGAAAUUUUCUCGGGUGCCAAAGCUGACCAUGAAGUCUUGUCAAUUGUGGCUUACAAAACCCCCAUAAUCAACCAAGACGAGGAUGAUGAAAAUAUGGUGGCUCAUGUUUUUCUGGAUAUUUGGGGCGAGCCCACCGAUAUCAAUUAUAAAGUUUUGGCAGGGUUGGCUGCUGCUAUGAGUAGUACGAUGAUUUGCAUUGAGGAGAAAGAAAUGAAGUCGUCAACUUGGGAAUUGUUGGAAAACUGUUUGGAAUUUGGUCGUCGGUGGUCAUGUCAAACUCAACAAUUUCAAAGGCUCGUAAUUCUAAUCAACAAAUGGGAAAAACUUGACGAAUUUCAUCCCGGAGUUGAUGGAGGAAGUCGUUAUAUGCGGGAAACUUUUGGAGUUUCGCCCGAAAGUAUUCUUCAAUCGUCGAGUUCGCUUUCACCCGAAGCGAUGAGAGUAAUUAAACAAAUGUCAGAUUGGGACUGCUUUCUCUUCCCUGAAAGAAACGUUGAUACCACUGAUACGUAUAAACAAAACCUGGAAUCAUUCCUUGCUCUAGUUCUUGGUAGAAAACAGCAGGGGAAAGUAAUUCAGGGGAAGGUCGCAUGUGGGGAAGAUAUUUGUGGAUUGCUACACGAUUUGCCGAAACUUGCAGAUUUACUAAACAAGGAAAUUCCUCCACCACCAGAGGUUGUAGAAGAUGAUGGUGCUGCUGCUGCUGCUGCGAGCAAGAAUUAUGUAGACCAAGCCUCGAGCAUUCAGGUUUAUCCAAGAAUGGAUUAUGCAAUUCAAGAGAGUAGCGAAUUCAGUCACGACUUUUCCGAUGAUGAGGAGGAUGACGACGACCAUGUUGACCCAACUUCGUUGACCCUUCCCACCGAAGAAAUUAUUAAAGAUGCAGAAAAAUACUGGAAUGAUAAUGCAAAAGAUUUAUUCUCCGACUUAUCAUCGAAUAAUAAUGAUGAUUUCGAAUUUGACUUCAUACCGAAAACAACAGUUCCCUCAACCGAGCCUGAAACUGAGAAGGGGGGACAAAGCAACAUUCAAGAAUCCACGCCAUCGGUGUCGAUGGAUUCGCCUCGACCAGAAAUAGCGCCACUUCCUGCCACCCUAUCUGCAGAUGACAUAAUAAACCAAAUUUUUCAACCCAUCCCAAAACCGGCCAGACCCGUCAGUUAUAUUUCCGGCUUGAAAUUAAUAAACGACAAAGUCUCUCAAGGCGUUAACAAAUUGACUUUUUCUGAGAGUCUUCCUGAACAAACAGGCACAGCAUCGAUUGCUGAACAAAAAAGUACAUCGUCAUCCUUGAUCGAUAAACCCGAAGAUAAGUCAGAUUCUUCACAAUUCUACCAAAACUUAUUGACCACCGCGUGCAAAACAUUUGAUGAGCUUCACAUUAAUUCCAAUAAUUAUGAAUUUUCAACAAUAUGGCAACACGUAGUAGAGAUUGCUGGUGGACAUAUGUCUACAGCCAACAAUAGCAAUAACAAUGUUUCAAACGCUUUGCUUACAAGUAUUCAAAUCGUUAACAACUAUUUGACCCGAAUAGACGAAGUAAUGCAAUCUAACGUCUGCUUUCCACGGGAAGACCAAUUAGUCGAAAUUUCAAAGUCGAUCAAAGAACAAAUCCUUAUCCCUUCUUCCAAUGCAAAUGACGCCUUGAACAAAAUGAGACCAUUUUUACUCAAAAAACUUCAAAACGCAGAAACCACUUUUGUUCGACUUAACAAGGAUAUUUAUAGCGCGGAGAAAAGGACUGCAGAAUUUUGCAUCGGACACAUUUUCGAGUUUUACACUGCGCAAAUCGAGUCCAAUAGCCCACAACGGGGUGAAAGUCUAUCAGAAUUUCAAAAUCGUCACAAAAAUCUUGUAAAUUAUUGCACUCAGGCUUUCAAUCACAGCUAUGGGGAAACGAACCCGGAACUUAAUUCUAUUUUUUUGAAAAAUCUUGAAUCAAAAUUAAAUUCGGACUAUGACUCGAGAGAAAGUAAGUAUCGGCAAAAUCAGAUGCAAGAGAAGCAACUUGGGGCUUCUUUGGUUCAAAAGUUCCAUGCAAAAUACAAUUCAGACAUCGAUUUUCAAUACAAAAACCCAGCCAUGAAUGCAAGCAAUUUUGACACGGUCCACAAGACGGUGAGUGACAAAGUGUUUUUCGAUUUUAAAAAAGAAGCGGAAAAACUUUCACCAGAUGGGCAACUUAAAUUCUUAAAAAAAUUGGAGAACGAGGUGAUCACAAGUAAAAAUAGAUUACAAGAAAAGUUUGAAAAACAUAAACCUGCACCGAUUAGUCGUUUCCUCCAAGCAAAUGAGACCCCCAGUAACAGUACGACCCCGCAAGAAACAACAGUAACGCCAACAUACGCCCAGAAAGCAGCAGGGUAUACGCAACAAACGCCAAUAUCCUCAGACCUUAUCCCCGUCGGAGUGUACUUUGGGUUGGACCUACUCUCAGCAGUUGCACUUAUCAAUGGCAAAUUUAGACAAGUUUACGGACCAGCAGCAAAUGUAAUUUCUUUGGGGAAAGAAAUUUUCAUUGGCAAUUCUUAUAAGAGUGACACCUCAAAAGUAGUAAAGUCACGCUCAUUUCGAGACAUGUUUGACCAGGUAGACAUUGCUAAAAAGACAUAUGGGGUCCAUAAAUACGACGAUAUACAAUUACGCUUUCGACUUGAUGGAAUCGUUGCCCUAAUUUUGUCACAACUCCAUCAACACGCGACGGCAGAACUUCUUUCGGACAAACUAAAAUUUGUUAUAACAAUACCAUCCUCGUCGAAUUCAACAAUGUGGAACGUAUUCACCAACGCAAUUACAAUUUCUCGAAUAAAUGCUACCAUCGUGAGGGAAAGUUGUUGUCUCUUGACAAACAAAAUUCAUGAGAAGAUUAUCCCCCAGAAAGCUUCCCAUAUCCUCGUUUUACUCGAGGAUGAAUUAAAACAAACGUGCGACAUGGUUUGGUACAUGAAAUGCAAUGAAUCAUGGUUUAUACAACUAGUUGCUGGAUAUUGGCCAACCGCAACAAUUGUAGAUAAACUUUUCAGCAGGACUAGUCUAGGAAUCCAAGAGGCAAUUCAGCAAAUUCCAGAGCAUAUACAACCCCCAAUUUCUGAAGUGUUACACCACUCGACAGGGAAAAGUACGGACAGUGUCCAAACUACACUACAAAGGAUUAAGGAUAAAUUUCCAAAAUUGACCUCGAACUGUGCAAUUUUUGCAAAAUUCAAUGACAUUGUCAACGGUGCUUGUCUCCUCGCUGCGUACGAUUGCAUCCCAAGUUUCAGGGAUGGGUGGAAAGAAAAACACUCGUCGUUAACAGAUAUUUUGAAUCCUAAGUCAUCCCAUCCGAAUAAAAUCAACUGUCAUAAGAGUUUAAUCCCACACACGGGGAACCCUUUGCCUCCAGAUAGCUUUGGCAUAUACUCCAUAAAAAUUCGAGAAAUACUUUCUGACCUUCUUAAGGAGUUGGCAAUAGCAAAAGACGAAGUUCAAAAACAAUAUUUGAUAUUGCUCGAAAAGGUCAGUGAUAAAUCGAGAGAUCAAUUGGAUCAAGCUAUGCGAGAUAUUCACAAUGAACACCUCUCAGCCAGAAAAGUGCGUGACAUGUUCAAAGUUUCACUUGAUAAUUUGAUGGAUACUUCAUGAAAAUCCAUUUAUUAAUUCAUAUCAGAGUUUUAAU